AUGUAAAAAUUCAAAGAGUGGCUUAAACCUAUAUCUGAUUAUUUUAUCAAUGGUUUUUCUGACACUUUUUAAUUAUUACUUGAUAAUUUCCUUGGAGAUUAUCUUGAAGAUCCAAAAUAACUCAAUAUGACUACUUUAUUGAAAGGAGUAGAAAUGUUACAAUUAAAUAAAACAUUCAUCAAUUAACUCUUAGGUUAAAGUCUUUUUAAACUUGAAGAGGCUUACAUAAGUAAUUAUAAGAUUUAUAAUAAAAAGAGUCUAUUAAAGUUGCUAAUUUAAAAUUAUAAGCAAGUGGUGUUAAAUUAGUUUUUGCACUUGUAAAAGAAAUCAAUAUAAAUGAAUUAAAAGAAUAUUUAGAUAAAGCAGAAGAGAUAAAAUAAAAAGAAAUAUAAAAACUUGCUUAAUUUGCACAAUUAAGAGAAGAAGUUUAUAAACAUUCAGAAUUAGAAUAGAGUAUGGAUCUAAAUAGAUCUUCAAAUCCUUAGACAGGACUUAUAUAAUUUUUAGGUUUAGUUGAUACUUUAUUAAGUAAUUCAUCAAUUACAAUUGAGAAUAUUGAAAUAAUUUUAAUUGCAGAAGAAGGAAAAUAAUACAAAUUUUAAAUACAAUAAACUAAUAUCAAUUUUUAGAAACAAAAUUUAAAGUAUAUUACUAUUAAAUAAUUAGCAAUUUGCUUUUUAUAAGUUUUGGAAUAGAUAUGAUUUCGUUAUUAUUAAAGGAUGAGUAAAUAGCCUAAAUAGAAAAAGCAUUAAAACUUGAAAUGAUUGUAGAAACUAGAAAUUGUAGAGUAAAUACAAAAGUAGAUGGAAGAAUUUCAUCUUUAGAUGUUGUAAUCAAUUAUAAAUAGUAUUAAAAUAUAUUAUCUACGAUUUCAAAAUUUUUAGCACUUACAGAUGAAUUAAAUAAAAUUAUCAUUGAAUUAAAAGGAGAAUAAUUAGUAGAAUUUGAUAAUGAUGAAGAAGAUUUAUAAGAACUUGAAAAAACAGAUAAUUCAAUUAUAGGUUCAUAGACAUAAAAUUAAUUAAAGAAAAUCAAAAUUGUUCCAAAUUUAUAAUAUAUGGAUACACUUAAUAAUAAUUUAUAGUAAUCAUUAGCUUUACAUCCAAUACCUUAGUAAUAAGAAAAAUAAUUUAUUGAAUUUUCUUAAAGCAUUUUUAAUUCUUCAUAAGAUUAUUUAGAUUUUGGAAAAUAGAGUUUAAAAAAUUAAGCAGAAACAUUUAAAUGUUAAUUUGAUGGUAUUAGAAUUGCUAUUUGUGAUAAUUCUUAAUAAUUUCCAAAAUUAAAGGGUAGAUUCUUUUAAGAACUUGAAAGUCAUUAUUUUAUUGAGAUUAUUAUGAUUUAAGGAAGUUAUUAAAAAGAUCAUAUUUUAUUUUAAAUAAAAAGUAUAGGUGUUCAUAAAGUUAGAGCUGAUUCUAAUAAUAAUAUAUUAUAAAGUUAAGAAUUAUUUAAAAGUUGUUUAGAGAAUCCUAAAUUUUAAUUUUAUGUUACUCCAAUGAUUAUGAUGGGAUUGGGAGAAUAAGGAAGAAUUGAAUAAGAUUAUGCUAUAUAUUUAUUUGAUAAAUUAUAAGAAUAAUGUAAAAUGAAUAAAGCAUUAGAAUUGUCUGUUUAAAUUUAUCAUGGUAAAAACAGAGAAAAAUAUUAUAUGGCAAAUAUUUAAUUAUCAGAUUUUAUUGCUUCACUUAAUCAUGAAUUUUGUAUUAAUCUUUUAUAAGGAUUACCUUAAAAAGAAGUUUAAUAAUUACCAAUAUAAGAAAUUAAAAAACCAUGUUUGUAUGGAUUUGACAUUAAAAUUCCAUAUGUUAAUUUAAAUUAUUUUAUCAAUAAUAAACCUUUGUAAUUUAGAAUUAAAGAUAUUAAAUUUAAAUAAAAUCCUGUUAAAAAAUUCCCACAUAAAUUAGGAUCUUUAGAACCAUUUGAAGGUAUUCCUAAAAAUGAAGAUCCAUUAUAAUUUAUUUGCAUAUCAUUUUUCUCUAUUUGGAUUGAAUUUUCUGGAUAAAACAUAGUAACUAUAGGUUAAAAUGUAAUAAAAGAUUUGUAAAUUUUUCCAUUAAUUUAUAUAAGUUUUUAAGAAAAAAAAGAUAUAAAAAAAGAAGGUAAAAAGGAAUUAAAAGAUUCUAUUUAGUUUAAAUAAUAAAAAAGUUAAACUCUUAUAAGAGGAUCACUCCCUUUAGUUGAUAUUCAUCUAACUUAAGAUUUAAUUUAUUGGUUAAUCUCGUUAUAAUAAUAUCUUGAUAAGGAGUCGAAUAAUUCUAAAAAUAAACCAAAACCUUAACGUUUUUCAAAAGAAGAAUCACUUACUUAUAUUUAAUUAUCUAUAGAAUCUUCAUCUAUAAAUAUUUUAGAUAAUUAAAAUAAGGAUUUAUUAUAAUUAGAUUUAGAAAAACUCACUUUAAUAUCUGCUAAAUCAAUAAUUGUGCUUUUUCAAAACAUAUUAGUUAUUGAUCAUUAAUGUCCUUUAGUGAAAUAUAAUAGAAAUUAAAUUUAAUAAUAAAUUAAAAAAUAUUCAUCUCAUUAAAUUAUGAUGUAUAGAGUAUGCUCUAAAUUAAAAAAUUAAUAGAUAAUUUCAGUUGCAUCAAAAAAAUUAUAUUCAAAACCUAUUGAAGUAGAUUUUGAUGAUUUUAUUUUUAAAUUAUAACUUGGUAAAAAAAUAAAAAUAUAAAUUCAGAAAAUUUGUUUAAGAAUUCCUGAUUUUAAAUUCACUACUUUUAAAAAGUUAUAUCCCAUUAUAAAAAACUUUGAAGCAAAUUAAGAAAAAAAAUAAGAUGUUUAAUAGAUUUAGUAAGAAAAAGAUAUGUAAAUACAAAUCUAAAUUCUAAAUAAUAUAUAUUUAGAUAUUUUCCUAAUUAAUGAAGUUGAAGAACUAUCUAAUGAAGGAUUAUAAACAAUCAAAGAGUUUUCAAAUAGCAGAGCUUUAAUAUUAAUUGAAGAUUUAAUUUAUGAUAAAAUGCUUUAUUUAUCUAAAGUAGUUCUAUUUGUUUGUAGAUAAAAUGGAUUAGAAUUUCAAUGUCCAUUAAUUCUUGAAAAUUAUUUUGAUAAAUUAAGUGCAUUUUAGUUCAUAUAAGCAAUUUCAAUAAAAAAUGUCAAUUUUUCAUAAAAUUGUUUUAAAAUAGAUUUAAUUUAAGGCAAUUUCAAAUUUGAUAUUAUUUAAACAAUUUUGGAAAUAAUAGAAGAAUUAUAGCCAUACAUUCCUUAAUCUAAACCUAUAGAGGCCACAAAAUAAGAAUAUUUUAUUUAAUAGGAUCUCUCAAAACCACUAAUAGGUGAAGAAAAAUUAGAUAAUUAAAUUAUGAUAAAUAUAGGUCAGUUUCUUUUAAAUUUAGAAGAAGGACAUACAUUUUAUUAAAUGCCACUCUAUUUCGAAAAUAAUUGUGAUUAAAAUAAAAGAUUUGAAAAUGAGUUAUAAUAAUAUGUCAAAAAUUGUGAUGUAACCUAAAAAAAUUAAUUAGAUACAGUUAGCUUAAAUUUUACAAAUAUUCAUUUAGUGAUAGAAUCAUAUGCUUAAGGAUAAACAGGGAUAAAAUUUUAAUCUCAUUUUGAAAUUGAAGAUUAAAUUUAAGAUUCUAAAUUUAAACUAAUUUUGAGUCCAGAUACUGAAUCAUUUCCUAAAGAUUAUAAAAGUGUUCCAAUAUAAAUUGCUUUAAUUGUAGAAAAUUAAACUUAUACAGCAUCAAUUGCAAUAGAUCCUAUAAGAAUAUGUAUUUCUGGUGCAUUUCUUUAAUUUAUUUUCAAUUUUUAAAAUAAUUAAAGUUGGAUUUAAAAAACUGUUUAUGAAGAUUAAAUAUAGAUUUUUAAUUCUGUAGAAAAAUAAUCUUAAAUUUGGUUGAAGAGUUUAUAAAUUUAUGAAACAAACCUUAAUUUUUCAUAUGACUCAUAAGGAUUAUAGAUGAAUGAUAUAUUCAAAGGAAUAUUAAAAAUUAGUUCAUUUUAUGAUUUAUAGAUACCAAUAAAAUAUAUGGAAUCAAAAAUUAAAGGAACUCCUGAAGAUGUUAUAGAUUAUAUUAUAACAUAAUUCUAAACUAAUUUAGGUUCUAAGUUAAAGAUUGCUGGUAAAGCAAUUACUAGUUUAGAAGCCUUUUCAACAGUUACAAAUUUAGUUAAAGGAACUUUAAGUUUAUUAUUAAAACCAUUAGAGGAGGGUUUUGUUAAGGGAACUAAAAAAGGAGUUAAAGAAUUUUCUAAUUCUUUAGUAUUUGCCUUACUUAAAACUUUAAAGGUUCCUUCAUCUGUUAUAAUAGCAGGAGGAGAAACAGUAGGAUUACAAUCAUUAAUGAUGCCAUUUAGAUUUGUUAAUGAAAAAAGCAAUUAAAUUUUGGAUAAAAUUAGUCCUUCAAAUAUACCAAAAAGAUUCUUAAAAAGAUACUGAU